AUGCCAAAGCAGGAAAAUGGCCAAAAAGAAGAUUGUGUCACCAAGAAUGACCUCAGUGAGUCAUUUGAAGAAGAAGUUGGAGCAUUCCUCAGUGAUGAAGAGAAACUCCAUCUUAUUGAUGACCUCACUAAAGUCAAUCCUGUGACAACUACAACAGUUCUGAAAUGUCUUCAAGCAAGAUACAGAGUGAACUUGUUUUAUACAAACGCUGGCUGCAGCCUGGUGGCUUUAAACCCAUUUCAGCCUGUCUCCUGCCUCUAUUCCCCUGAGCUUAUGAGAGAGUACCACCUUGCACUUAAGUCUCAGGAUUUAAAACCUCACAUCUUUGCAGUGGCUGAGGAAACCUACAGAAAUGUCCAAAGCCAGAUAGAUCCUGUAAACCAGUCUAUAAUUGUGAGUGGAGAAAGUGGUGCUGGGAAGACCUGGACAUCUCGCUGCCUUAUGAAAUUUUAUGCUUCUGUGGCUGCUUCAGCUAUCUCCCCAAAAGGCAACGAAACUGUGGAAAGGAUAGAGAAAAGAGUGUUGGAUUCUAACCCUGUCAUGGAAGCUUUUGGGAAUGCCUGUACCCUGCGGAACAACAACAGCAGCCGUUUUGGUAAAUACAUCCAGCUGCAGCUGGACAGAUUCCACCAUCUGAGCGGUGCUUCCAUUCAGACCUUCCUGUUGGAGAAGACCAGAGUUGCCUAUCAGGCCCCCAGUGAAAGAAAUUUUCACAUUUUUUAUCAGAUCACAAAAGGUGCUACUGCAGAGGAGAGGCUGGAAUGGAACCUUCCAGAAGGGGCUGAGUACUGCUGGCUGCCAAAUUCUGAAAGAAACUUAGAUGAGGACUGCUUCGAGGUGACCAGAGAUGCAAUGUUUCACUUGGGCAUUGACCGCUCCAUGCAGAACAAUAUUUUCAAGAUAUUGUCAGGCCUGCUCCAUCUUGGGAAUGUUCAAUUCUCUAAUCCUGUGGAUGAAUCUCAGCCUUGUGAACUAGAAGACAAAGCCAAAGAUUUUGUGAAGACUGCUGGAGAUCUGCUGAGGAUACCUGUCAAGGAACUACUGGAAUCGUUAAGAAUUAGAACAAUAACUGCUGGAAAACAGCAACAAGUCUUCAAGAAGCCAUGCUCCAAAGCUGAAUGUGAGACUAGGAGGGACUGCCUUGCCAAAGUGAUCUAUGCAAAAUUGUUUGAAUGGCUUGUUUUGGUCGUAAAUGAAAGCAUCUAUGCAGAUCCAUCAGUGUGGAAGAGCUUCAUAGGUUUGCUGGAUGUUUAUGGGUUUGAAGCCUUCCCUGAAAACAACUUGGAGCAGCUUUGCAUCAACUAUGCCAAUGAGAAACUGCAGCAGCACUUUGUAGCACACUACCUGAAGGCACAACAGGAAGAAUAUUCAGCUGAAGGCCUACAGUGGUCUUUCAUAAACUACCAGGACAACCAGCCCUGCCUUGACCUGAUUGAGGGCAAUCCUCUCAGCAUUUUUUCUUUGCUGAAUGAGGAGUGUCGUCUGAACAGAUCCUCCAACACUGAGCUAUUUCAAACUCGGAUUGAGAAAGCCUUGUCUAAUAAUCGAUGCUUGAGUCGAAACAAAUUUAGUAAGAAGCCUAACUUCAUUAUUUCACAUUAUGCUGGCAAAGUCUGCUAUCAGCUGGCAGCAAUGGUAGAGAAAAACAAGGACCCCAUUCCACCAGAGCUAGUCCCAGUUUUGCAAAAUUCUAAGGACCCUUUGCUUCAAAAAUUAUUUCCUGUGACAGAAAGGAACCAAAAUAACCUCAAACCCCAGAACAGAGCAGCUGUUGUUACAGUGGUGUCAAAGUUCAAGGGUUCACUUGAACAUCUCAUGCAGAUCCUGAACAGCACCACGCCACAUUACAUCCGUUGCAUCAAGCCCAAUGCUGACUGCAAGGCAAUGACUUUUAAAAGGGAAGAGGUUCUCAACCAGCUUCAGGCAUGUGGAAUAGUUGAAGCCAUCAGCAUCAGUGCAGCAGGAUUCCCUGUUAGGAUCCCUUUCCAAAGUUUCAUGGAGCGCUAUGCAAUACUGAGAAAAUCGUGUGGAUCCAACAAGAAGAAAGUGUGUGAUAAAAGCAGCUCUCCUGCUGCUGAGGAAACAGGUGAGGCUGCAGAGGUGGAUGAUGACAAAGCAUCACCUUCUGUUGUUCUUGAAAUCCUUCAGAAUGUGGUUCCUGGACAGACCACCCCUGAGCAAACUGAGAACAGAGCAGAGAAGACUUUGGUGUAUUGUGGCAAAACCAAAGUAUUUAUGGCAAAUUCUGUGCUGGAGCAACUUGAAGCUAGAAGAGCAGCAGCAUUAAAUAAGAAAGCAUUCUGCAUUCAGUGCUGCUGGAGAAGAUUCAGACAGAAGAAACUAACAAAGGAGGGCCAGUCUGCAACUGUCAUCCAAGCAGCUGUCCGUUCCUGGUUAGCCAGGAGUCACUUUCAGCGGAUGCGCAGUGCUGCUGACCUGAUCAAGCAUGGCUGGAGGAGAUGGAAAGUGAAAAUGGCUGCAUUAGCAGCAGCAGAACUGGAUGAGGGUGAAGAAAGGAUAUUCUCAGACCCUGCAGCUACACUGAUCUCAGCCAAACCACCUCGCUCCUUGGAAACAAAGUGGCCUCUGCAGGCAGUAAUUCAGUUCUGGCCUCUUGGCCUUGUCCUGGCUGCAGCACCUCUCACUGUAAUGGGACUUCGGAGAGAUCUGUCCUUGCUGGCGUGUCUCAAAGUGCUUCAAGAGAGUGACAGCUACAAGGAGGAAAGUGGCUCCUUUGGCUGUGGUAUUACAUCCAUUAGAGCCCUCCCACAGGGCUCUGUCAAGUUUCACUGCAAGAGGUCUCCACUGCAUUACGCAGAUGUCAGCCCCCACAGGGAUGCCUGUUCCACCACUGGACUUAACCAGAUUCUAUUGGACAGAAAAAAAGUCUUUCCAGCAUAG